AUGCUCGGUGUUUUGUCCCUUGCCUACCAAACGCUCGACUGGCGGACCGUCGCGAUUGGUGUGCCAGCCAUCGUCGUCCUAGUGCACUUCCUCUCAUGGCUUAUCGAUCCGCACGGCAUCCGCAAGAUUCCCGGCCCACUCAUCGCAAAGUUCUCAGACAUCUGGUUGGGUAUAGUCUCUAAGAAUGGGCAUCGCUCAGAGGUCGUCCACCAGAUGCAUCAAAAAUACGGCACCUUCGUCCGGAUCGCCCCUAACCAUGUCUCAAUUGCCGAACCCGACGCGUUGGGGAUCGUCUACGCACACGGCAAUGGCGCGCUCAAGUCCGACUUCUACGAUGCGUUCGUGUCAAUUAGGCGCGGCGUCUUCAACACCCGCGACAGGAACGAGCACGCCCGCAAGCGCAAGAUCGUCUCGCACAUAUUCUCGCAGAAGAGCGUCGUCGAAUUCGAGCCUCAGAUUCGUGUGUAUGUUGGCCUCCUGAUAGAGCAAUGGGACCGCCUGUGUGGAUUGGCUGCGAAGGGCAUGUCAGGGUCGGACGGCGAGGGCGGUUGGAAGGGUGAAGGUGGAAGGCUAUGGUUAGACUGCCUCCCUUGGGCAAACUAUCUCGCGUUCGACAUCGUUGGAGACCUGGCCUUCGGUGGGCCUUUUGGCAUGCUUCAGAAUGCUAAGGACUCCGCACUAGUGCCGGUCAACCAACAAGCCGCGAUGAACAGCUACGGUGGCAAAACUUCCGUGGACGUAGUGGAGAUACCUGCGGUCAAGAUCCUAAACGGACGUGGAGAGUACUCGAUGUCAAUGGGCGUGCUUCCGUUGUGGUGGCGUCCUUUCGUGAAACACCUACCCUGGUACAGCAAAGGCCAAAAGGAUGUAAAGACCCUGGCUGGAAUAGCAAUCAUGGCCGUCGCGCGCCGUCUCAGCCUGCCGACCGACCGCGUUGACCUUCUCAGCAAGCUCCAGGAUGGGCGCGACAACGACGGCAACCCUAUGGGACGUGAGGAGCUUACUGCUGAGGCCCUCACUCUCCUGAUUGCAGGAUCCGAUACGACCUCCAAUUCCACGUGUGCCAUCCUCUACUACCUCGCCCGUGACCGUCGCGCCCAGGACAAGCUGCACAAGGAGCUCGACGAGCAGCUCAGUGCUGAGGACCUGACUGUCGCGACAGGACCUCAAGUGAAGAAUCUUCCCUACAUGGAUGCCUGCAUCAACGAGUCUUUGCGCCUUCACUCGACUUCUGCACUCGGUCUUCCCCGCGUCGUUCCCGAAGGCGGCUUGACGAUUGAUGAUCACUAUUUCCCGCCCGGAACUGUCCUCAGCGUUCCAAGUUUCUCAAUCCACCGUGACAAGCGCAUUUGGGGCGACGACGUCGAUGAUUUCAGGCCGGAGCGUUGGUUCGAGCAGAAUCAGGCCGAUAUCCAGAAAACAUUCAAUCCAUUCUCAAUCGGUCCUCGAGCUUGCGUGGGGCGUAACCUCGCCUACCUCGAGUUGCAGCUCAUCAUCGCGUCUAUCAUGCGCCGGUACGACAUCGUGCUUGAGAGUCCUGACCAGAAGCUUGAGACCCGCGAAGGCUUCCUUCGGAAACCCCUCGGAUGUAAAAUUGGCAUCAAGCGGAGGGAUUGCCUGUGA